AUGCUUUUGACAUAUUCUGUCAGAUAUCAUAUAUCAUCAAUAUUUAAUCCCAAUUCAUAUCUAUCUAUCUAUCUAUCUAUCUAUCUAUCUAUCUAUCUAUCUAUUUGCAUAAUAUAUUAUCUAUCUAUCUAUCUAUCUAUCUAUCUAUCUAUCUAUCUAUCUAUCUAUCUAUCUAUCUAUCUAUCUUUCUAUCUGUCUGUUUUUACUCUCUCUCUCUCUCUCUCUCUCUCUCUCUCUCUCUCUCAUGCAGAAAACCUUAUUAAAACUGACACCUUGAAAACAGACAAAGCAAUGAAUGCAAUGCGUCAUCUAAUCGAUUCCGCCUCAUCCUCAUUUCUUUCUUUCUUAAUUGACAAUUCUUUUCGCAUUCUUUUUAUCUUGUUCUUUCUUUUAUUAACUACUCUCUCGGUUUAUCUUCUUAAUGUCAACUUCCCUCCUCCUCCUCCUUUGCAUCAUCUCUCUUUCUCACCGGCACCCCCUCACGAUUUCCUAUUCUGUUCUCUCCUCUUCCCCAAUUCCCCUCUCAAUGUGUUAGCUUUUUGUCGUCUUUCCUCCUCCCGCUUUCAAUUUCCGUAUAGCACCAGCAUGCUGUCUGCUAGCAACACAGCCCAGGGUGGCAGACAUCUACCCGCUGGUGGACCCAGCAGCCGUCACCCGUCAUGGAUGCUGCAUCCUUAUCACUUUCUCCUACUUGCGUUCGUCUUUUUUUUCAGUUUGAUUGUGGGGCCGGUCGAGCCGCACGAUCACUAUACAGUUCAACUAGAUGGGGGUGAGUACGCCUACACCCGAUGUAUUGUUUGUGCAGUUCCCCUGUGA